AUGCAACAUAUCUUCGGUGCUCACCACAACCCUCAUCCACAGGUCGCUUCACCUUACGGCAUCAAGGCUGGUGCCGUCGGGUACGGGCUUGGACCGGCGCCCCCUGCACACGGAUACUACCAAGCACAGUCCCCCACUGCUCAGGGUGCCCCUUCAGCCAAUCAUGCUGAGGCGUUACUGAGAUCACUGCCCGACUCGGCCCUCAUAGCCGAGCUGGAGCGAAGAGGCGUUGAUCUUCAUCAUGCAGCUCUUGAGAGAGUGAUCAAGUCCAACUACAAAGUUAUUGAAGAGAUUGGCAAGGGAGCUAGCGGUCGAGUGUAUAAAGUUGACAAUAAGAUUGAGGGCGGCACUUUCGCGUUGAAGGUCGUGGAGAAGAAUGAUAAGAUGAAUGACGAGGAAUCUAUGGGGAUAGAAAUCGACUGUCUUAAACGAAUGAAGCACGCAAAUCUCGUCAACUUGCAUGAACUGUUCGAGACCAAUCAGUGCAUAUGGCUGGUUAUGGAGUACAUGCAUGGUGGACAAAUUGCCGAUCUGUUCGCGGAGUCUGAUCACUUCUCAGAGCAGCUCGCCGCUCGUGCGAUAAAACAGGUUCUCUCUGGAGUGCAUUACAUCCACAGUAUGGGCGUUGUCCAUCGCGAUUUGAAGUUAGAAAACUUGCUUUUAUCUGAGAAGUCCCAGCAGGCACAGGUGAAGAUCGCCGAUUUUGGACUCAGUUACGUUCUCGGCAAGAAGUUUGAAGCACGUGACAGCAUAAAAUUGAAGAACUGUACGGAAAUACACGAACCUUUCUGUGGCACUCCUCUGUGUAUGGCACCUGAGGUCGCGAGGAAGCGUGCUCAAUAUGGUCCUCAAGCCGACAUGUGGAGUGUUGGUUGCGUCUUGUAUGAGCUGUUGAGUGGCCUCGAGCCUUUUGAUGCCGAUACUGAGGAAGAGUUGUACGCGGCUAUUCAAGAUGCUCGUCCUUCCUUUACUGAUCCCGAGUGGAAGGAGGCCACCAAGUCCGCAAAAGAUCUCACCAAGAAGCUCCUGACAGCCGAGCCGACUAAGAGACUGAGUGCUCGUGAGGCUCUCGAACAUGAAUGGCUGCGUGGGGAGGCCUCAGACGAUUAUUUAGAGAGUAACGAUAAGAAUGUGUGUGCUCAUGCUAGCUUACGUAGAAGGAGUCUCAUCAAUGGUGUGAUGGCAUGA